AUGGUUAAAACCAGACGUAGUAACGGAGAGAACGGGGAGGUUGAGGAUGAAAAUUACUCUCCAAACGAAGCUGCCAGUGUAUCAGAUGAGAAGGCCUCCAAUUGGUCUCAGAGGGAAUUAAGAAGUAGUCAUAUUAAAGUUAAAAGGAAGAUACAACGUUGGCCAACAAAGUAUAACCGGAGUAGGCUCCGAGCCAUUAAGAUGCCUCGCAUCAUGUUUCCAGAGAGCGAUACUGAGCCAGAGAAAUACUCCAGAAGAUCACGUCAGGUGCGUGUAUUUUUUACCGAGGGCAAUGAUACUCCGAAUAGGAGUAUGAAAAUAAGAAGAAAUGGUGGUGUGCGUAAAAAUUACGGUGAAGAUAGUGAAGACAAACCGAUACAACAAAAUGUGCGUCGUAGUUGCCGUAAGCGGAAACUAUUGCAUCACAACUUCAAUGAGAGCUGGAUCACAAAUGAAUUGAAAGUGAAAGGAUAUCCCGACCUCUAUGGGUUUCCUACAACAACCAGUUCAUCUGAUGAAUUCACUUCGGGUGAUGAGGCUAGGGUUAAUAAGAGGAAAUUGAAUCAGUCAAGAAGAUCCACCGCACCCCCAAUAACAGAUGAAGAUACACAGUUGUCUCGACAGAGGAGAACCUCUGGUAGAGGCAAAAAUAUUAAGGAUGCAUCCGGAUCUGAAUCAGAACAUGAGAAUAAUCAAACCGUUAUUGAGAAAAAGCCGCCAGAGCCAGUUAAAACAGAAGAGAAGAUGGAUACGUCAGACACUCGGGUUAAAGAAGAGGAGAAGGAGACGAAAGAGACUGAAAACAAUGAGGAUAGUGAUAGCAAUCAACAAAAACCAGUACGCGGUGCUCGCGGUAAAGGAAGAACACAGCAGAAGAAAGAUAGUCAUCAAGAGUCUGUAUCGGAAACAUCGUCAUCUGAGUCCGGUAGUGAGUUAGCGUUCCGGCCUCGACGUUCGAAGCGCACGCGCAAGCCCAAACCAGCUUUCGUUCAAAUAACACCGCGACAGACACGCGGACGAGGUAAUUCAUUUACAAUAAGAAAAAAACCGUAUUCAUUAAGAGAGAGAAAUCCGAAAUUGUUACGUAGGAAAACGAUACGAUCUCAGUCUCCUUCGUCGAGUAGUAGCACUAGCAGCACCAGCUCUGAUACGGAAGAACUCAACGUGUCCAUGAAGAAUAAGACUAAGGGGAGACAAAAGACAAGGUCCACAGAUGAUAAGAAGACUGACAGAGCUUUAAGAGAUAUACAACCUAUUGAAGUAGAUGGUAGCGUGCGGUUUUCAUCGGUUGGAGGCCUAGAAGAACACAUAAAAUGCCUCCGGGAAAUGGUUCUAUUUCCCCUCAUGUACCCAGAUUUAUUCCAAAAGUUUAAGACGCGGCCGGCGAAGGGCGUUUUGUUCCAUGGACCACCUGGAACAGGCAAAACGCUUUUAGCAAGAGCUCUAGCGAAUGAAUGCAGCCUCCUGGGGGGAAGAAAAGUCGCGUUUUUUAUGCGAAAAGGCGCUGACUGUUUGAAGAAGUGGGUUGGAGAGAGUGAGAGGCACUUGAAGCUUUUGUUUCAGCAGGCGAACAAGAUGAAGCCUUCAAUAAUAUUCUUCGACGAGAUUGACGCGUUGGCUCCAGUACGAAGUGUCAGACAGGAACAAGUGCAUACCAGUGUUGUGGGGACUUUAUUGGCUGAAAUGGACGGAGUUUGUGAGAGAGGUGAGGUGGUAGUGAUAGGUGCAACUAACCGACUGGAUGCGGUUGACCCCGCUUUACGUCGCGCGGGUCGUUUCGACAGAGAAUUGCAUUUCCCUCCGCCCCAUGCGCCAGCUAGACGGGACAUAUUGGAGAUAUACACGAGAGAUUGGACCCCACGACCCAACGAUGACACUUUGAACUAUAUAGCAGAGGUCACUAAUGGAUAUGGAGGUUCAGAUUUGAAAGCGUUAUGUUCUGAAGCAGUCCUAAAGGCUUUAAGAAGAGUAUAUCCGCAGGUGUAUGAGAGCGAACACGCUCUGGUCAUUGAUCCCAAAAAUAUAGAAGUAACCCAAACAGACUUAGAAACAGCAAUGGACGGUUUAGUGGCGGCUGGCUCCAGAAGCAGUCCCGCAUCAGCUCGUCGUUUGCCCCAUUACUGUCGGCCGUUGUUCUCGGUACAAGUACAAAGUGCGGCUAAUUUACUGCCUCCUAUAGAUAACAACAGGUUAAAAGAGCUGCAAUCAUCGAACGUGUUGUUAAUAAGUGGGGAAUGUGCGGACACACACAUCGCUCCUGCGUUGCUUGCGGAGUUGGAAAAUCUCACAGUUAAAGAAUUAAGUCUGGCAACACUGCAUUCAGCGCUUGCCUUCACGCAGGAACAGGCGCUUAUUUCGCUGUUCUCGGAAUGUCGUCGUGCUGACCGUGGCUGUGUUCUCUUCAUCCGGGGUAUUUUAGAAGUGUGGGAGGCCUUACGAGGUCCCGGGACAGCUCUGUUGGUGCAGAUGUGGAGGGCGAAGGCAGCUGGAGAUAACACGUUGUUGCUGGCCACUACUAGGCAUUGUGAUUUGCCUGAUGAGCUGCGUGAAAUAUUCCCCGACUACAAAGACUGUAUAUACAGAGUGCGAGAACCAAACGCGAAUGAAGUUAUCAACUUUUUUAAACCAAUUAUAACUGAGAUUCCCUUACAUCCGCCAAUUCUCGAAAAUAAUGAGCCGCCGCCUCCGUUGCCUCGAGCUCCGCCCCCUCCACCGCCCAGAGAGAGUAAAGAAGAGAUAUCUAGAAGGAAGAGAAAGGAGGAUUACAAGUUGCGGGAAUUAAGGAUAUUUCUACGAGAUAUUUGCAGGAAACUAGCGUCGAAUAGGCGGUUUUAUAAGUUUACCAAACCUGUGGAUUUAGAAGAGGUGACAGAUUACUUGGAAAUAAUCAAACAGCCAAUGGACCUCGAGACUAUGAUGACCAAAGUCGACAUGCACAAAUACAACUGCGCCAAGGAGUUCCUGGACGAUGUCGACCUCAUUUGUGCCAAUGCUCUUGAGUAUAAUCCCGAUAAGACAUCAUCAGAUAAGCAGAUACGCCACGAGGCGUGUUCGUUACGCGAUCACGCGCACGCGUUGAUAGACGUAGAAAUGGACAGUGAUUUUGAGUUGGAGUGCCAGGAAAUAGCGAGACGGAGGCAGGAAGAUGGCAAUAAUGAUACGGACUUACCAGAUUUCAUAUAUACAGCUACUACUUUGCCCGGUUUCGAUUCAUCUCACAAUGACAGCAAAUCUAUGCGGACUCCGCAAAAUGGAGAAAAGAGCGAAUCGCAAAGCGCGAAGCGUAAGAGAAGACGGAUUAAUGCGUGGUCCAAGGGAUUGCUGGCUAAACGACCAAGGACCUCACAAAAGAAUUUCAAAGACAGUCCCACAGCGAUAACAGACGAGGAAUGCAAAGAGAACAAACCGAUCACUUCCACUCCUCUGCCAAAUGGAGACGCGUCCUCUUCGUGCUCUGAAGAUGACGUGCCUCUGCGAAGGCCUGCUGAUGACUCACUGCAGUUGGCGCAAACGGAUAACACUUUGAUCAGCACACCGAAGACGUCGGAAAAAAUUACAAAAUCUUCACCAAAGAAAAGAAAUUCCGGUCAAGAUGCAUCUAGUGGAGAUGCUGAAAAACUACUGAUAAACAAGACUGAAUUAGAUAACAUUCUGUAUAAGAACGCGAAAUCUCUUCGCGCUAUCGGCUUCGAGGCGCUCUUAGAUUUAUAUUCACAGCUCAAUCACACGAUACAAUUAUAUAGCGAUAAAUAUGAUAGAACGAAACUGCCACACGAAUUGCAUAACGUUGUUACUAGAUAUAUCCAGUUAGCGAAGAAGUAG